UUAGAUUUUCUCAGAGAACGUUGAUCUUCGUAUUUUUUAAAUGUAGUUAACCUAAUUUCAUACAGAUAACGCUAUUGUUGCCAAGAGGUCUCACAAAGUGUGUCUUACGAUUAUUAUAUGUAGUUAAUGAAAAAUUGUGCAUAUAAAUAAAUUGAUAAGAAAAAAAAAAAUAUAACAAAUUUCUUUCAAUUGAAUUAUUUCAAAAGUGUACGUGUAUAAUCAGUCGAGAAUUUUAAAUUUGUUUCAUUUAUUAAUAUAAUAUUUAUCUUUGGAUAAAUUAUACGUGAUAUUUUACAUUUAGAUCAAAGUUGAAGUAUCGUAAAAUACACUGUGAUGAUGGAAAUAAUGUUAGAAAUUUGCGUGGAUACAAUCGAAUCAGCGAAAAAUGCCGUGAUUGGUGGCGCCACCAGAUUGGAAAUUUGUUCGGCGUUAUCGGAAGGUGGUUUAACGCCAACACCAGGUUUGAUAAAACGUAUCCGUGAAAUAUCACCUGUACCAAUUUACGCGAUGAUACGUGUUAGAGGUGGAAAUUUUGUUUAUAGUCGUGAAGAAAUGGAUAUUAUGUUGGAUGAUUUAAAAAUUUUGAAAGAAUUGAAUGUCGACGGUUUUGUUUUUGGUGCAUUAACGAAUGAUCGACAUAUCAAUAUAUCAAAUUGCAAAGAAAUCAUAGAUGCUGCAUAUCCGCUUCCGGUAACCUUUCAUCGUGCUUUCGAUGUAUCACUGGAAGAACCUAAGAUAGCCAUUGAUAUUUUAACAAAUUUAGGUUUUAAAAGGAUAUUAUCAUCAGGACGAAAAGAAACGGCUGACAAAGGAUGCGAACUUUUGUCUAAAAUGUGUAAAUUAGCUGAUAAGAAAAUUUCUAUAAUGCCUGGUUGCGGUAUUACUCCGAAUAAUUUGAUGAAAAUCAAAUUGCAAACUGGUGCAGUAGAAUUUCACGCUUCGGCUAGAUGUAAGAAACAAUUAGGUUCGAAUUUUGAUCGACAAAUUAAUUCAAUCAAGAUGGGUGAUGUGUCUGAGGAUGAUUUGAUUAUGGUUACCAAUAGUGAUACGGUCAAACAAAUGGUUAACAUAUUGCUUAACGAUAUCCCACAUACGUGAUUACUUUAAAAAAAAUGAUGAUAUACAUGAAAGUCAGGGUAUAUGUGUAUAUUCAAAAUGGCGCUAACUGCAUAGUUUUUUAAACGUAGAAUAUACAUUCCAAAUCUGACCGAAUUAUCGAACAAAAUUCAAAUCGGACAAAUACAAAUAGCA